UAGAUUCUGGAUCUCCAGGGACCUCUGAAGAGCUGAACCACUGGAGUGCCCAGCACAGCAUUGGACAUCGCAGGUACUUGAGACAUGACUCCUACAAUCUUCCUAGUCAUCCUAUGCCUGGGAGUGGCCUCAGCUGCUAUAGUCCCUGAUGCGCAGUUGGAUGUUGAAUUUCAAGAGCAGAAGGAUAAAGAAGUUCUCAUAAAAGCAGUGUGGGGUAAGUUUAUGAAGACUAACAAACUGCACAAUAGCGAAAAUGACCAGGAGAUGGAAGGCUCCAACAUAGAAAUGAGUGCCUCCGGUCAGCUAACUGAUGAAGAACUCAUGAAAAUAAUGACUACUGUUUUACACCCAAUGUUUAAAGAGGAGCAAAACAAACCACAGCCAGUUGGUCACGUCCCUGAAUUUGAGGAUUACGCAGAGAGUGGCGAUGGGUUUUUUGUACCAAAUCAGCCACGGUAACAUGGACAGCAGUAUGAAGUUAGGCAACGAGUGAAACAGCCACUGUGCCAUUGUCUAAGAAAUGUCUGCCCCAACAUAUGAACGGCCUGAUGGUGAAAAAGAAGAUCUGAACUGGGGCAAGGGCAAGCAAAAACAGCAGGAACUUCCCCAAUUCAGUAUCCUCUGACAAGUGGGAUCCUGCACUCAAGUCCCUUAAAUACAUACUAUGAUAUGAACUCCAAAGCAUGUUCACACUAAUAAAACCUUACCAUUACCUUAA